CUUUUUCUCCGUAGGCCUACCGUCUAUGUUCCAAAAAUGUAAUAUUGUAUCUCUGUAGCUGGCAACUACGUUUACGAGGAAAUGAUGUCAGAGGUUUUGAACUUGAGUGACGGCGGGUAGUCUGGUAGCAGUGUUCUGUUUACCAUUUAGCUGUUAGCAUCUCAUAGUGCUGGUUAGCUUGCAGCUGCACUUACGACGCUGAUACCGUUAGCGGUAGUGACCGUACUUUGAGCAAGAAGUCGGAGCUUCACUGCCUUAAUUAAUCUCACCGGUUGAGUAGAAGGCAAAUGAUGGACCUUCACAAAAUCAUCCAAGAUGCCCUUUAUGACUUCAUCCAGUCAUACAUUCCUGAUGCAGACUUAAGCACUUUAGAUGAAGUGCUUUUAUCCUACAUCACUGGUGUCCUGGAAGACUUGGGAUCUCACGGAAGCGCUGAAGAGAACUUCGAUGUCGAAGUUUUUGUUGAAAUGUUGGAAGCUUACAUUCCUGGUUUCGCGGAAAUAGACAGCGUCAAAGUCUGUGAAAUGAUGUUCAGCUUGGCUGCAAAACUAGCCUCAGCUCGGGACACAGAAACCACUGAAUCAAAGCGUGUGGAGAGCAACUGGAGUCUUACACAUAGUUCCUCUAACUCUGAGACGCCAGUGAGAGACAUGCACUUUUACUCAACAGAUGGAGCAACAGCUAAGAUUGCACAAGAUGACAGCUGUGAGUGGGACAGCCAGGAGAAUUUGCUACUUGAGAUGUUCCCCAAGUGUAGUGUGACUGAGGCUAGAAGUGCCCUAUCCAUCGCUAAAGGAGACAUGGAGGAGGCAGUGAGACUCAUCAUUGAAGGAGAUGUGCAACUCAGUCCCAUACCUCUUGUUAAUGCUAAUCAGGGGAAGACCCAAUCAUUAAAAGCAGAUCAGAAAUUGAAGGAAAGCAUUUUAGAGAAAUACAUGUUGGUAGACAGUGAAGAAGAUAAGAAAACCCACAGGCCAGUCACUCCAAAAGAUGCUCCAAAGAAGCUGGUCCGUUACCACGAUAAUCAAGUUGUGACAACAAAAGGAGAACGAUACCACCAGGUCAAGAAAGAGGAAACAGAUGACAUGAAGAGAACCUAUGUAAGUCUGAAGCCAGCACGCAAAUACAGAUUCCAUUAAAGAACACUGUGAAUGAAGACCAGUUCCAUUUGUGUGCUUUAUUUAGGCCUGUUGUCUUUUGCCAGUUUAAUAUGUAAAUAUUAACCAUUUUGCAAUGAGUGUCUUUUUUUGCAAACCUCAGCCAUUAAAAUCCUAUUUAUUCAAAUAUUACAAUUGUUUUUGAAGCAUCUAGUUAAUAGAAAUUGUCUUAUUUGUUUUUGUUUUUUAUUAUCAUUAUAAUAAUGUACUGUAUCCCAGCAGAAACACAUCUUAAAGCAGUUAGUGUUUAAUGGUGGUUUGGGCUGCAUUGUCUUGUUUAAAGCAGUUAAUGUUUAAUGGUGGUUUGGGCUGUAUUGUCUUGUUUAAAGCAGUUAGUGUUUAAUGGUGGUUUGGGCUGCAUUGUCUUGUUUUCAAAACAUUAUGUUCUUUCUAUAAAGUGUUGAAAGAUGAUUCAACUCAGACCACCUAUCCACGAAUAAGGCUGUAUACCGUAGCUGUUUAACAAAACUUGAACUAAUAUAUGCAUACUCCUGUUUUACUUUCAGCAGGUCUGAUGUGAUAUUGUGUUAUUUGUAUAUAUUUCUUUUUUGUGAUACCAUUUACUUUUACAAAUCCUAGGCAAAGUAGAGAUUGACUUAAUGCUUUUUUUGCAUGCAGUCUGGUUCUCCAUCAAUUGGAUUAACUACUGAAUGAUGUGUCAUACCAUUAUUGGACCAUGUUGCUGAAUAGCAAAAUUACAUUAAUUAUUUUAACGUUUUAGUGUUUUGAUAGCAGAUCAUCAUCUCCUCAAAGUUUCAAAUGACUCGCUCUUUAUUUUUAUAUACAGAUAUAUAGAUUUGAAAAGUUUGCAAUGAACUACUCUCAAGGAUACUCUUUAAAAGUCCAUCUUUUGCACAAGGGCCUAGGGUAGAACUGUUGGAAAAUUAUGUAUUUUAAACAGCUGGCAACACUUUUUCAAAGUUCAUUAUGCAUAGUAUUUCAUAUUGUCUCAGUUCACAACUGAGAUGUUUUUUUUGUUUCAAGUUUGGUUAUAUUUUGUGUAUGUGUGACAUUGUAAAGCUUUUAUUUUGUUGUUUUAAAUACGGCAAGAUUUACUGAGGGACUGAAGGUGGUGUUUUGAAACUGAUUAUUAAUUUGAUGGGUGAGCAGUUUGUUUCCUUUUUCUAGUGUUUUGUCAUUUCACAUAUGUGUGAGUAUGAUACUCAUGCACAAGUGAAGCUGGCUCUUGCCUCUGUAACAUAAGACUGUUCUAAAUUGGUAUGUAGUGCAUACUUAACAUGUUGAAUAAAAUCAAAAUGUUGUUUACCAUGAA